AUGCGCAGGAUGGAAACGCAAGUGGCAUUCUUCGCCGGUUUAGAACUUAACAUUGUGGAGAAGCCGAGUGAUCCUAACACCAAAGUCAUCAUGAAGAAGGUCAUCACCAACGUGGGUCACGCAUACAAUGCGCAAACCGGGGAAUUCGUGGCUCCCGUGAGCGGAGUUUACUCCCUUACGGUGGCCAUUUCUGCACAAGGAAAAUCCAGAGCUGCCGUCCGCUUAAUGCACAAUGAACAAGUGGUUUUGGAUAUUUGGUCGGAGAGUGCACCGUGGUCUACCGCUACUAACCAAGCUGUACUGCACAUGGAGAAGGGAGAUACGGCAUGGCUAAGCAUCCGAGAGGGUGCACAUUUUCUGCACGGAUAUAUGUACUCCACCUUCUCCGGAUUUCUUCUGUUCGAAUAUGAGUCUCCUACAGAUGACCUUAUGUCGGCCUCCGAAGCGUUUCCUUGA